AUGCUCAACGCCGUGACAUUGACCGCCGGCCUCCUUGGCCUGGGCGUCUUCUACGUCCUGACCCUCACCGUCUACCGCCUCUACUUGCACCCCCUCGCCAAGUAUCCCGGCCCUCGCGUCGCCGCCCUCACCAACGCCUACCAGCUGUACCACGCGUACCGCGGCGACCGCCACCUCGAGUUCUGGCGCCUGCACCAAAAGUACGGCCCCGUCGUGCGCUUCGGCCCCAAUCACAUCAGCUUCAACUCGCGCGCCGCCCUGAAGGACAUUUACGGCUUCAAGAGCAACGUCCGCAAGAGCGAGUUCUACAAUGCCUUUGCCCACCCCGUCGCCAACACCCACAACACCCGGGACAAGCAGGUCCACGCCCGCAAGAGGCGCGUCCUCAGCCAAGCCUUCUCGGACAGCGCCAUGCGGGGCAUUGAGCGCUACAUUCUGCAGAACGUGCGCGCCUUCACCGAGCAGAUCGGCGUGGGCGCCUCGGAAGAGCGCAAGGGCUGGACGACGCCCAAGCUCAUGAGCGACUGGUGCAACUACCUCGCCAUGGACAUCCUCGGCGACCUCUCGUACGGCAAGGCCUUCCACAUGCUCGAGAAGCCCGACAACCGCUUCGCCCUCGGCCUCGUCGAGGCCGCCACCACCCGCCACCUCAUCUGCGGUACCAUGCCCAUUGUCGACAAGCUCAAGGUCGACAAGCUGCUCUUCCCCAAGCUCGCCGCUGGCCGCGCCCGCUACAUGGCCUACAGCAAGGGCCAACUCACCGAGCGCACCAAGCUGGGCGAGGACACGGAUCGCCGCGACUUCUUCUACUACCUCCUCAAGGCGCGCGACCCGGAAACCGGCCAGGGCUUCAGCAUCCCCGAGCUGUGGGCCGAGUCCAACCUGCUCAUCAUCGCCGGCUCCGAUACCACCUCGACCGCCAUGGCCGCCACCCUCUUCUACCUCGUCCGCAGCGAGCACGCCCUGCGCAAGGUCACCGAAGAGGUGCGUCGCGCCUUUUCCGACGUCGAGGAGAUUGUCCAGGGCCCCGCCCUCGCCUCCUGCACCUACCUCCGUGCCUGCAUCGACGAGGCCAUGCGCCUCUCCCCCUCGGUCGGCGGCGUCCUCCCCCGCGAGGUCCUCCCCGGCGGUGCCCGGGUCGACGGCCACGACAUACCCGCCGGCACCGUCGUCGGCGUCCCCCACUACACCAUCCACCACAACGAGAAUUACUACCCGGACCCCUUCAGCUACAACCCGGAGCGCUGGCAGCCGGGCGCCAAGUCGGCCCAGAACGGCGCGCUCGUCACCGAAGAUGCUGUCGCUGUCGCCCAGAGCGCCUUCUGCCCUUUUAGCGUCGGACCUCGCGGCUGCAUCGGAAAGGGUCUCGCCUACGUCGAGAUGAGCACCACUCUGGCCAGGACCAUCUAUCUGUAUGAUAUGCGUCGCGCGGUGGGCGUGCGGGAUCCGGGUGAGGGCGAGGUGGGUGCCGAAUUUGGUAGACACAGGCCGAGCGAGUUCCAGCUCGUGGAUACGUUUACGAGUGCCAAGCAGGGGCCUCUGAUCGAGUUUAGAAGGGCACAGCAGGACUAA